AUGGCUGGCAAUGCACCCCGUUCCAACGCUGCUCCGGCCAGAAAUACAGAUACACUACCUUAUAGUGUAACUGCUGCCAGAAACGUCACAUUCCAGUCUUUGGUCAAGAGUCUUGAGAAAAGCAUACAAGCGGCGAACAGACCACGUGAAUCAAAUAAACUUCCCAGAGUGGAAGAGAGAUUUGAUGCCGAACAAAGACAUGAAGAAUUGCGUCCUAAGUAUGACCGGAAGCUGGAGGAGGAUGAAAAGGCCAAGAUGAAGAGAAGGACACGUCACAAAAGUAAAAAGGCGGACCAAGUUGGGUAUCAAGCUCCAGACACCGCAGAUAACGCCGAAGAUGAGAACGGCAGCGUGGACGAGGAACUCAUAACCGAGGAGGAGAUUAAAGAGCUUUUUGACAUAGAGAAGAAGAAAAUAUUGUGGCGACAGUGGGACGGUUCAACGGCACAUCAAGACAGGAUUCAUGCUACUGUCAAGCUGGAAGAUUUCCUGUAUUGGCAAAAUCCAGAUUUCCGCGUGAAGCGCAUCGCUAAUCUACACGAAGCGGAACCUCCAUUCGGAUAUAGGAGGCAGCCAGCCCAUGAAGCUAGACGAUCGGUGCCCGUCGUCAUAGGAAUGGCAGAUUACCCACCAAUGGAAUGGCGGCGGCAGAUCCUCGACUACUUCGAUAAGCACGAAGUUGGAGGCUACGGUCUGAAAACAGAGGACACUAAGUCCAAGAAGAAGAGAAAGGGUGCGGACUUGUCGCGGAAACUCUCCCCGUCGAGCAUUCCUCCGGGCGAACUCCACUUAUGGAACCCCAGGGCCCGGCGUAUCAGGACUGGUACUGGGAUGUACACAGAUAAACUUUCUCCUCGUGCUUUAGACACCCGCAUUGACUUCGCUGCCCUCGAGAAGGUCAGGCAAGAAAUUGAAAAUAAUCGUGGGGAAACAACGUCUAACCCAGAGAUGACGCAUUCCGAGCGUCGGUUACAGGAAAUGCAACUUUUAAGUUCGGAUAAGACUGUUCUUCGAACACGAAAUCUCCACAACAUUGAACAAGGGACAGCGCGAACAGCUACAGGCCUCUGGAUAUCCGCGGCAGAGACAUCGGACGAUUGGUUGACUUCUUAUGACAUUGAUAGGAGGGAGCGGCACGACGAAGUCGGGGAACUACCCUCAUCCCCUUUGGACAAACAAGCAACCGAUCUGUACGGAAGCUCCCCAGACAAAACGCACCGCCAGACGGCAGCUACCGUUGGCCAUCCAUCAACGCAGCGGGCUCAGAAUCAAACUGUGAAUGGAUCAGCGUCGACCGGGCAAAACAGUAAACAAACCCUUACACAAGGUUCACAGCCGAAUCUGAUGACGGCUGCAACUCCACCAAACCCAAAUCCUGAAGCGGAUGACGAUGAUGGUGACCUGUUUCGACAAGCCUAUGAGGCAGGUACGCAGGCAAUCAGAAACAAGCGUGCGGCGCUGCAGCAGGAAGAAACUGAGGAAAACCCGUCGCCGGCCAAGAGACCCAGGAUUGAGGAAGAACAAAACGGGGAGAAGAUCGUUGUCCCGUUGACAGAUAAGACACCCGAGGUCCCUCAGCCCCCUGCAGAAUAA